UUUAUGGAAAACUUGGCCGCUCCUUGACAUCCUUCCCCAACGGUCCUUUCAUUACCAAAAUACCAAAUUCUCCUCCACUGGCAAUUCCACCAAGAGAGAGAGAGAGUCAAAUCAACAGGAGCGAGCUUUCUCACGGUCCUUUCUUCCCUCCCUCCGUUUCUCCUCCUUGCGAUCGAGAAAGCACGGAGCUCGUGCACGCUCCGGGACUCGGAAUCGCGGCCCAAUCGGAGAUCGAAGCCAGAGCAAUAACGACGGGGCGACCUCCAUUGGAGCAGAGCUCCGGAGGGAAAAAUAGUCAAACCCCGCCUCGGUUUCCUUCCUCCUGCAGAACUUGUCCGUCCCCGGUUCCCUCUUUUCUUCCAGGAGCAUUUAUGGAGACGGAUGGCUCGCCAGCGUCCCCGUCUUUAAACUCCCCCGUUGGCUGUUGAUGGUCUUUCUGGGUGUGUCUGCAUCGAGCACUCGGCGGGCAGAGUCGAGAAUUCGCUGAAUUUUGCUCCGUUUCUCGUUGAGAAGAAGAGGGUCGUGAGCGAUUAGUUCGGACAUGACCCUCCUCCACCGAGCGAGACUCGACAUCGCAGUCGCCGCCUUCGUCGUCGUCGCCUGCGUCGCCGCCGUCACGACGCCUCGAGCCAGAGCUCAGAGCUCGACUCCCAACUGCAGCCAGACGUGCGGGACCGGGAAGUGGGCGAAACGCGUUGACUACCCAUUUGGGUUCUCGAGCGGAUGCGAGAUCGAAUUGAACUGCAGGGCCGCCAACGCCACCGCCAACGCCACCGAGAGCGAGAUCGCGAUCGGCGGAUUCCGGGUCCUCAACGUGACCCGGUCCAGCAUCCUGGUCAGCCUCCCCGCCGCCUGCAACCGCUCCGUCGGCUUGGCCUUGCCGCUCUUCGCCGCCCGCUACGCGCCCUCCUGGGCCAACGGCUUCCUCCUCCAGAACUGCUCGCAUCCCCCGAUCGGAGGCGGCGGCUGCCUCAUCCCGACCAGCUUCUUCAUGGAUGACCGGUUCGGGGCCGCCGGCUGCGGGGCCGGGAGCGACAACAUAAGCUGCUUCUCGCCGGCGGACAGACCGUUCGACGUGAUGCGGUACGACGCGGUGCUGGGCGUGACCGAGUGCAAGAUCCUGUUCUCGGCGGUGUCCGCGGUGGGCCCGGACGGGAACUCGCUCGAGUUCCAGGUGAUCGAGCUCAGCUGGUGGCUGGAAGGUUCCUGCGGAGGCAACCGCACGUGCGCGGAGAACGCGAACUGCACGGCGGUGCGGCUCCCCGCCGGCGGGCACGGGUUCCGGUGCGAGUGCGAGGAUGGGUUCGAGGGCGACGGGUUCGCCGCCGGCCACGGUUGCAAGAGAGUUUCAAGUUGCAAUGCUUCGAAGUACUUCUCUGGUGAUUGUAAAGGAAGUUCAAGGAUGCGUCUUCUUGUUGGAGGGCUGAUUGCCGGAGCUUCGAUAAUGGCUGGUCUGGUCGGUACAUAUUUUUUCAUCCGCCGACGGUCGAGUUCACUCAGAAGCCAGAAGAGCGCGAAGCGGCUUCUGGAUGAAGCUGCUGGGAGCUCCAGCAUCCCUCUGUAUCCAUUCAAGUACAUCGAGAAAGCUACUAACGGAUUUUCCGAGAAGCAGAGAUUGGGGAACGGCGCCUACGGGACGGUUUACGCGGGGAAGCUCCACAGCAACGAGUGGGUUGCCGUGAAGAGAAUAAAGAAUCGAGACACUGACAGUAUCGAGCAAGUCAUGAACGAGAUCAAGCUCCUCUCAUCCGUCAGUCACCCGAACCUCGUCCGCCUCCUCGGAUGCUGCAUUGAGAGAGAUCAGCAGAUACUCGUCUACGAGUACAUGCCAAACGGAACUUUGUCGCAGCACUUGCAGAAAGAGAGAGGGAAAGGGCUUCCUUGGACCGUGAGGCUCACCAUUGCGGCCGAGACGGCAAAUGCCAUCGCGUACCUCCACUCGGCCGUCAACCCACCCAUCUAUCACAGAGACAUCAAGUCCAGCAACAUCCUCUUGGAUGUCAACUACAACUCGAAGGUGGCGGACUUCGGCCUCUCCAGGCUCGGGAUGGUGGAGUCGGAGCUGUCCCACAUCUCGACAGCUCCACAGGGGACUCCAGGGUACCUUGACCCUCAGUACCAUCAGAACUUCCAUCUCUCAGACAAGAGUGACGUGUACAGCUUUGGUGUGGUCCUCGUGGAGAUCAUAACCGGGCAGAAGGUGGUUGACUUCUCCCGGCCGCACACUGAGAUCAACCUUGCCGCCCUUGCGAUUGACAGGAUCGGCAGGGGGUGCGUGGAUGAGAUCAUAGACCCAUUCCUGGACCCGCAUAGGGACGCCUGGACGCUCUCAUCAAUCUACAAGGUGGCCGAGCUGGCCUUCCGGUGCCUCGCCUUCCACAGCGACAUGAGGCCAUCCAUGACAGAGGUGGCGGAAGAGCUCGAGCACGUCAGGCAGAGCGGGUGGGCACCGUUGGAUGAGGACGUGGCAUGUGCCGCAUCAGCUGUGGUGUCCAUCUGCUCGUCGCCUUAUGCCGUGAGCGAGAGGUCGACGGGAGGCACAUUGAAGAGGAAGGCCGGCACGGUGAGCCAGAAGCUGUUCGUUCCGCCCAAGCCGGCCGAGAUAUCGAGCUUGGAAGUGGUCAAGGAUAGCUCCCCGGUCUCUGUUCAGGACCCUUGGUUGAGUGAUGAUCACAGCUCACCUUCAUCGAACAGCUUGCUGAAUAACGCGACUCGGUGAUGAUCAAAAGGACGAUCCAUUUUAUAUUUUUGGCCCCCUAAUAUUUGCCGGCCUUGUUUUGUGACUAAUCUUUCAGUUAUUUUGCAAAUUGGGUCGAAUCCCACAUAAUGAUCAUAAAUUUUACACGGGCAAAAAAAAAAGAAAAAAAAAAUUGUGGCUGAUUCA